UUUAAGUUUUAUUUAAUUGUUCGAUGAUUAAUGAUAUACAACCUAUUUUAGGCCAAUCUCGAGUUACUUGAAGUUCUUCCUAAAACAUAUCCAUAUUAUUUAAAACAAUCUUUUGCAGCAUGGCUUUAAAAGGAAAUUUUUUCGGAAACAACUUGAGGCCAAAAAAUAAAACUAUACCAGAAUUAUCGCAGACUUUGCCAUUGCCGAUUAGAGAUAAAACACAUAUGGAUUCCUUCAAGAUUGAUGCUGUUUUUACCGGUUAUUCAGUGCAUGUAACGAAUCCAGACUCCAUUCGAUUUCUUUGCCUCAAUGGUGGCUUUGGGCAAGGAAUGCUUUCGAGAGCGUUUCCAGCUUGCAUUUUAAACUUCAACGAAGGGAUAUGUAAAAGAAAACGCAGAAAUAAUGCAUCCAAAGUGGAUUCCAACUAUUCGCCAGUUAGCGAAGGGUUUUCUUCGAAUAUAUGCAACGCGGUGUCCAGCGAGCCUCUUUGUUUAUUUUUAGAAGAAGCUUUCUUUUUGAUGCAAGAAUUGAAAUUAUUAGAACUAAAAACCGUUUUUAAUAAGCCCAUCGAUAUUCCAGAAGCAUUUGAUAAAUUUCGUAAAGCGAAACGCAAUUUCUUCGUGUGCUAUUGCGCUUACCUCUACUUGAAAUCGAAAAACUGGAUAAUCAAGAGUGGAAUUAAAUUUGGCGGUGAUUUUGUGAUCUACGUAAGAGGACCUCAAUUUUAUCAUGCUUCUUACAUUGUUCUGAUUCAUGAUGUACUUAACGGGAAAUUUUCAAACUCGCACAGUGUCGAUGGUUUGGAUUUUCAAGGAUUGAACCGUAUUGCAGAGACAACAGCAAAGGAUAUAUUGUGCCUAGAAGUUCACUAUCCAAAUAAGUUAGAUAUUUCAGAUUAUGCUACCUGUUUGGAGAGGCUGAAAGAUGUACGUAUAGGAGAAAUAUUUUCCAAGCAUCAUAAUUAUCUUGCUGGGAGAAACCUAAUUUGA